AUGACCCUUUGGAUCUCCCAGUCGUGGCUAAAUCACCAGGUCCGGGUGGAUUUCGUUCCAAAUGCCUGGGGGGGGGGGGGAAAGGCACAGGCCGAGUCCAAGAAUCAGAUGACGCAGGCUGUCGGUCCUGAGGACAAGGAUGCGGGGCUGGAUAAGACGGAAGAACAGAAGAAGACCAAGUGGAAAUGCUGCGGUGAUGGAGACUCGAGCAGGACGGGCUCGUCAGGACGCCUCCCGGUCACGUUUUUGUCUAAUCUGGGAGUCUUUGACUAUGUGAAAUAUUGCGCCUGUAAUCUCUUCCGAUCCGAGAAAAUCUCAGGAGGGUUGAGAGUUCGAGGAGGACUAGAAAGUGAGAAAGACGACGACCGCCACACUUGGAGAGAGGGGGGGCAAGAGUGGGGGGGAGCGAAAACGGCUCGUGAAUCGACGAUCGCUCAGCUGAAAAGCGACGGGAAGGGGCUGGGAUGA